CUGUACUGUGUCCGCAGUCUCUGGUCAUCUCCUGUACUGUGUCCGCAGUCUCUGGUCAUCUCCUGUAGUGUGUCCGCAGUCUCUGGUCAUCUCCUGUACUAUGUCCACAGUCUCUGGUCAUCUCCUGUACUGUGUCCGCAGUCUCUGAUUAUCUCCUGUACUGUGUCCGCAGUCUCUGAUCAUCUCCUGUACUGUGUCCGCAGUCUCUGGUCAUCUCCUGUACUGUGUCCGCAGUCUCUGGUCAUCUCCUGUAGUGUGUCCGCAGUCUCUGGUCAUCUCCUGUACUGUGUCCGCAGUCUCUGGUCAUCUCCUGUACUGUGUCCGCAGUCUCUGGUCAUCUCCUGUAGUAUGUCCGCAGUCUCUGGUCAUCUCCUGUAUAUGUCCGCAGUCUCUGGUCAUCUCCUGUACUAUGUCCGCAGUCUCUGGUCAUCUCCUGUACUAUGUCCGCAGUCUCUGGUCAUCUCC